GUUCUUGGAGCAUCAGUAGUGUCAACUAUGGGGCAACGGCAGAGGAAGGGCUUGGUGGCGUCUGCUCUAGGACUGAAGGCAAGAUGUGGGUUGCAGAGGGAUCAGCCCCAACCCAGUGGAGCCUGCGGGAUGGGGCCCAUGCUGGACAGUUCCUGGCUAUGGCUGACAACCUCCGCACCGUGGGACAGCUGGUGGAUGUGGCCGUGGGACCAGAGGGUGACAAGGCUCAUGCUGUGGUCCUGGCCUCCAUCAGCUCCUUCUUCCUCCGCUUCCUGGAGGGCAGGACCAGAGGGCUUUGCCAGGACCCCCCACCCCAUGUCCCUCUGCCACCCGGGGCCACGCUGCAGGGCUGGCGGGCCGUGCUCGCCUUUGCCUAUCGGGGAGCUGUGCCCCGUGGCCAGGAGAAGGAGGUGGAGGAGGCUGCCCGGGCCCUGGGGGCCCCCCGGCUGGUGGCCGCCUGUGCCCGGCGACUGAAGAUUGACCCCAAGGAGGAAGGACCUGAGGCCCUGAAGGAGCAGUGGGAGACACUAAGAGCCAUGGAGCAGCUCCAUGCCAAGGGCCUGGGCUGUGACCUCCAGCUCCAGGCAGGGGACGAGGUCAUUCCAGUUCAGCGCCUGGCCCUGAGCUGCUCCUGUGACUUCUUCCGAGCCCUCUUCACCUGCCCAAUGCGGGAGGCCACCCAUGACCCUGCUGCCCCACUGGUCACAGGGCUGUCCCCGGCCGAGCUGCGCCUCCUCCUCUCCUUUGCCUACACAGGAGCUGUAGCAGGGCCAUGGCCCACGGUCCUGGAGGCAGCUGAGACCUCCCUGCGCUACCAGGCCUGGGGGCUCCUCACUCUCUGCCUGGAUGUUUUCACCCAUGGCCUGACUCCAGAGACUGUUCCGGACGUCCUGGCCUUUGCUGUGACUUAUGGACUGGACGAGGUGGGCCAAGCAGCAGAGAACUACAUCUUGGCCACCUUCCCCAGUGUGGUGGCUACACCGGCCUUCCUAGACCUGCCUGCACACCUUCUCAUUCGCCUCCUCCGCUCUGAUGGUCUCAACGUCCUCCAUGAACUGGAAGCCUUGGAAGCGGCCUCCCGGUGGCUCAUGGCCAAUGGGGAUGGCCAGGAGGAUCUAGCCAAGGAGGUCCUGUCGUCUGUUCGCUUUGCCCUCAUGUCGGGCCUGGAGCUGAAGAAGGUCCCCUCUGUGACUGCAGGGGUGGCUGACCCGAAGGUCCUCCGCGAGCUCUUGGUAUCAAGUUUCGCCCCCACGGCUCAGCUGCCGUGCCGGGUACGUUCCUUGCAAGAGGUGCUGGUGGUUUGUGGUGGAGACAAAGUGACGGGCAACCUGGCUGCCCGGAAGCCCAGCAGACACCUCUGGUUUGCAGAUCGCUACCUCAGCGCUGUGGGGCUGGUGAAGAAGGUUGAGUGGCGGGCACUGGGACACCUUCCUGAUGGCCCACGAUUCCGCCAUGCUGUAACUGUGGUGGGCAACAAUCUCUACGUCCUGGGUGGAAAGCACUACUACGGGGUCCAUGACACCCUGACCAGUGUCUACAGGUACCAGCCUAUGGAUGAUUCCUGGGAGCGUCUGGCCAGCAUGACAUGUGGACGGAGCUGCUUUGCUGCCGUGGCACUUGGGAAUUUCAUCUAUGCCCUGGGGGGCAGCUCGGGAGAGCUCUACUGCACAGACACUGUGGAGAGCUAUGACCUGGCCAACGACACCUGGAGGAGGUGCCAGCCCCUGCUGAUGGCUCUGUGUGGGCACGCGGCGUGUGCCCUGGACGGCGCGCUCUACGUGUCGGGUGGCUGUGACGAAGCGUGCCAGUGCCAGGCAUCCUUGCUGCGCUACGUCCCGGGUGCAUCUGCCACGUUCCUGGCCCCCAUGAACGGCCAGCGAGCCGGCCACAUCAUGGAGCAGGCGGGUGGGCAGCUCUAUGUGGCUGGGGGCCUGUGUGAGAGGGCUGGGUGCACUGGCUACAAGGACCAGCUGACCUUUGAGGUCUACAGCCCCAAGCAGAACACCUGGGUUGUCCUCAGCCCCCUGCCCCGUGCCCACGUAGUUGGGGGUGCGGCUGUGCUGGGAGGGGAACUGCUUGUACUGGGAGGGUACAGUCAUGAGACCUACCAGGACACACACUUGAUCCACGCCUACCAGCCCGGUGCCCGGCGCUGGAUCACCCGGGGCACCUUGCCCCAUGCCUAUACUGACCUACAGGCCUGUGUCCUCACCGUACCCACUGCCUUGCGUGGCCCCAACUGCCUUAAGGACCCCUGUGACAUCACCUCAAACUCCAAAUAAUACUUAGGAGGGCUUAAAAACUGUGCACCCCAUACUGGGAUCCCCAGGUAGCAUCAAUAUGGGACAAAAGUGCCCAGAUCCCUCCCCCAGAGUGGGUUCUUCCCUUGGUUUCCAUCAACCCUUCACCCGCAGGGUACGUGACCUAGACUGUGGCGAUCCCGUGGAACACAAAGAUUCCCCAUACUGUAGCCCUGUGUCUCCAGGAACACUCACCCCCCCCAAUUUCCCCCCAGCCCUGAGCUGAAUAAAAGUGGCUCCUGAACUGCU